AUGGCCCGUCGGCUAGCGGAGGCCGCCCCAGCUGAAGGAGCCCCGGCGGAGGCACCUCCCGCUGAAGCCCCACCUGCUGAAGCCCCACCAGCCGAACCAGCUGCAGCUGAUGCUGAAGCUCCACCUGCUGAGGAAAUCAAAGCACCUACACCUCCUCCACCUGCAGAGCCCACCAGUGAGCCUCUCGAGCUCGGCGUUGAGGAUGUCAAUGACACUUCCGUCACUAUCUCAUGGAGACCACCAGCCACCAUUGGAAACUCUGGUCUGGAUGGAUACACUGUGGAAAUCUGCAAGGAAGGAACUAAUGACUGGAAAGCUGCUAACGAGGAGCUGACUGUGUCCUGCCGUUACGUCAUUAAGAACCAGACCACCGGUGACCGCCUGAACAUCAGGGUGGUGGCCAUGAACCCUGGCGGCCGCAGCCCUCCUGCCACCCUGGCCGACGCUGUCCUGGUCAGAGAGGUUGUGGAUCGCCCCAAAAUCCAUCUGCCACGUUUCCUGAGGCAGCGCUACGUGAAAAAUGUUGGAGAGAAGAUCAACCUUCUUAUUCCCUACAGUGGCAAACCACAACCUAUUGUGUCAUGGACAAAGGAUGGCCAGCCUCUGGAUACUAAAAAGGUUAACAUCCGCAACAGCGACAAGGACAGCAUCAUCUUCAUCCGUGCCGCCGAGAGAGCUGACUCCGGCGUGUAUGAGAUGUGUGUGAAAGUGGACAGCUUUGAGGACAAAGCCCAGUUGACUCUGCAGAUUGUUGAGUUGCCUGGACCUCCAGCCAGCGUCAAGAUCGUGGACAGCUGGGGUUUCAAUGUUGCUCUGGAAUGGACCGAACCCAAGGAUAAUGGAAACACAACAAUCACUGGAUACAGCAUCCAAAAGGCUGACAAAAAAACAGGGGACUGGUUCACAGUACUGGAGCAUUAUCACAGGAUGAAUGCCACUGUUUCAGACCUGAUCAUGGGUAACACCUACAUCUUCAGGGUCUUCACUGAGAACAAGUGUGGAAUCAGUGAAGAAGCCACUGCUACAAAGACCUCAGCCACCAUCCAGAAGACAGGCAUUGAAUACAAGCCUCCAGAGUACAAGGAACACGACUUCAGCCAGGCACCCAAAUUCACCACCACCUUGGCAGACCGCUGCACUACUGUUGGCUAUAACGCCAAGCUGCUUUGCUCCGUUAGGGGAUUCCCUAAGCCUAAGAUCGAGUGGAUGAAGAAUCAGAUGAUUAUUGGUGACGACCCCAAGUUCAGGCAAAUAAACAACCAGGGCAUCUGCUCCCUAGAGAUCCGCAAGCCCGGCAACUUUGACGGUGGCGUCUACACCUGCAGGGCCAAGAACGAGCACGGAGAGGCCUUGGUUACCUGCAAACUGGAGGUUAAACAGCCUGUGAUUGCUGAUGCUGAUAAGAAAUAAGUUCAACACCCACAUUCAUACAGUCCCAAAUAAGGAAUAGAAAAAUGUGGGAUCCCUCUCAAAAGGACUGUGAAGACGUCUUUUGCUGAUGA